UAUUGUAGUGUCGUAACGUGUAGUAAGGUCAUACGGAGGCUGUUUACAUCAGCUAACGUAGCUAUUUAAACUCCAGUCAGUAUGUUUUAUAGAUUUAUUAACUAACUGAUGACUUCGAGUCAGAAACGAACAGUUUCACCAGCGGAAGCGGCUUGAAUCGUUUUGCGAGACAGUCAAACGUCGCAUCAGUUCAACACCUCAUCAGACAACAUCUCGGCCAAUCAGGGCUCCCCUGCGUGGCCUCCGACACAGAAGAAUGAAGUGAUGAGGGUGUUUGUGGCUUCAGAGGCUGAAAACUCAACAGGAAAGAGACAAAGUGAAGCUUCGUGGUGUGUUUAGUGUCCUCUGUGUUCAGUCUGUAGCUGCAGCUUUACACUCGUGAUACAUUCAGGGUCCAACAGCACCUUCACUGUCAGUGAUGUAAUCAUGUAUCUGCUCUCACAUUGACACGAGAAGUGAAUCUGUUGAGGUUCUGAACUCAGAGGUUUUCACAUUCACUUCAAUAUCGUCAAAUCUGCUGCCUUCUGUUGUCCUGGUUUCUGGUUUUCUGAACCUUCGGUCUGGUGAGGUUGAGUUUCUGCGAUGGUGCGACACAGUAAGCUGCAGAAGCAGGUCCUGGCUCUGUACCGGCAGUUCCUUCGGGCUGGCCAGGACAAACCGGGCUUCAUCCCCCGAAUCCGCGACGAGUUCAGAGUGAAUGCUCAUAUCAAAAAGACAGACGUGAUGCACAUCGAGUAUCUGUACCGACGAGGACAGAGGCAGCUGGAGCAGCUGAAGGACGUCAACACCAAACAGCUGGGCUCCUUCUCCAAACCCGAAGAAAAGAGCUGAUCUUUCAUGUGACCCCAAUGACACCAAGAAAUACAUGUCAAAGACUUGGUUAGCACCAAAGUAACAUGCUGAGAUGCUGCAGGGUGUGAUGGCAUCACAACAGCAAACAAGUGACUGUUUUAACUCAUGAAAACCAAUAAACUUCCUCUGACUUCACAUG